AUGCAAGAGUUUUCGUCCUAUAAGGCUGCCGGAGGGUGUUUUGUCGCGGCGCUGCUCGGGUUCUUGUUCUGCGCCACCAAUGCCAAAUCUCUCCCUCUCGCUCACACCCUCAGACUUCUGCCCUCCAUUUCUCGUCUCAGACGAGCCCGACAGGCAGGCACAAGAGGUCGAUACGGCAAAGAUCUGACCUAUUCUCAGCCGGACCGCUCGACGAUGCUCUUCGGGUGUCACGUCACAAGCACUCGCGUUACCCUGCUGGAGCUCGACAUCAACCUGCACAAGUCCAAUAGUACCUUCUUCAUCGACGCCGACGUCAGCCGCACAGUCCUUCUGACGAACCUACUCGCUCAGGCACUGGGGGAGCUCCCUAGCGGGCCGGCAAGUUUUAUCUUGGCUGGCGUGCAGUGCACCUUUCGGCGUGAGAUCCGCCUGUUCCAGCAGUAUUAUGUCACGUCGAGGAUCCUGGCGUGGGACCACAAGUGGCUCUUCACCGUGACGUACUUCUUGAAUGGAAAUGCUGGUGACGGCACGCUUCCUGCGGAUCCAGACCUUACCGGGGGGCCUGGGGCAGUUCUACGUGAUCAAAAGCUGGGCAAAUCGAUUUUGGCCGUCAUGGUAACCAAGUUCGUUUUCAAGGCUGGUCGAGUCACUGUGCCCCCAGAAGAUGUCUUGCGCUUGGCUGGGUUGCUUGGCUCUGAGUCCAAGGGUGACGGGUUCAAGUGUGAAGUGAUUAGAGAGGCUAGCAAGAGCGUCGAUAGUGGACUACAAUAUGCCAGGGAGUGCAUGUGUUGA